AUGGACGCCAACACUGUCCUCGCCGCCACCCUCUCGCCCCACCAGCAGGAGCGCGACGCCGCCACUGAGCAGCUCACCCAGCUCCUCUCAUCCAACCCGGCCGCCUACCUCGCCAACCUCAGCCAGACGCUCGCCAGUGACCAGGCCCCGUCCCACAUCCGCAACGCCGCCGGCCUCGCCAUCAAGAACGCCGUCUCGGCCCGCGACGCCGCCCGCCAGGACGACUACGCCGCCCGCUGGAAGAGCCUCGACCCGCACACGCGCGACACGGUCAAGCACGACGCGUUGGCCACCUUGGCCGCGUCCGACAGGGGUGCCCGCAACGUCUCGGGCCAAGUCGUCGCCGCCGUCGCCGCCGUCGAGCUCCCCGCCGGCAUGUGGCCUGGCCUCGUCGGCCAGCUCCUCCAGCUCGCCAACCCGAGCGACAACCCCAACCUGCGCCAGGCUACGCUCCAGACCAUUGGCUACAUCUGCGAGGCCAUCAAACCCGAGAUCCUCGCGGCCCAGUCCAACGAGAUCCUGACGGCCGUCGUGCAGGGUGUUCGCAAGGAGGAGCCCAGCCACGACGUCCAGCUCGCCGCCAUCAACGCCCUGUACAACUCGCUCGAGUUCGUCCGCGAGAACUUCAGCCGCGAGGGCGAGCGCAACUACAUCAUGCAGGUCGUGUGCGAGGCGACCCAGUCGCCCUCGUCCGACGUCCAGGUCUCGGCGUUCGCCUGCCUCGUCCGCAUCAUGCACCUGUACUACGACUAUAUGAAGUUUUACAUGGAGCGCGCGCUGUUCGGGCUCACGGUCCUCGGCAUGAAGCACGCCGACGAGAACGUCGCCCUGCAGGCGGUCGAGUUUUGGUCGACCGUGUGCGACGAGGAGAUCGAGCUCGCGCUCGAGGCCGAGGAGGCCGCCGAGUACAGCGAGGCGCCAGAGCGCGAGUCGUCGCACUUUGCGCGCGUCGCCCUGCCCGAGGUCCUGCCCGUCCUCCUCCAGCUCCUCACCAAGCAGGACGAGGACGCGACCGACGACGAGUGGAACGUGUCGAUGGCCGCCGGCACCUGUCUCGCCCUCCUCGCCCAGUGCGUCGGCGACGGCAUCGUGGCGCCCAUCAUCCCGUUCGUCGAGGCCAACAUCAAGAGCGCCGACUGGCGACACCGCGAGGCGGCCGUCAUGGCGUUCGGCUCGAUCUUGGACGGGCCCGAGGAGAAGAUUCUCGCGCCCCUCGUCACGCAGGCGCUCCCGACAUUGAUCGAGAUGAUGGCCGACUCGUCGCUGCACGUGCGCGACACGACGGCUUGGACGCUCGGGCGCGUGUCGGACGUGCUCGUCAAGACGAUCGACCUCGACGCGCACUUGGGACCCAUGGUCGGCGCGCUCGUGUCCGGCCUGCACCAGUCGUCGCGUAUCGUCAGCAACUGCUGCUGGAGCAUCAUGAACCUCGCCGAGCAGCUCGGCGACUCGGGCGCCGACUCGUGCGCGCUCAGCGCCUUCUACGACGGCAUCGUCUCGGCGCUUCUCCACCUGGCGGAAACGGCAAAUAACGAGUCGAACUCGCGCACCUCGGCGUACGAGGCGCUGUCCACGCUCGCGGCACACGCCCCGAACGACUGCCUGCCCGUCGUGUCCAAGCUCGUCAUCGCCGUCCUCGACCGCUCUGAAGCGCUGCUCAACAUGCAGAGCCAGCUCGUCGGCGCCGACGACCGCAACAACUACAACGAGAUGCAGGUCAACAUCUGCAGCGUCCUCACCAGCAUCGUCCGUCGCCUCGGUCGCGAGAUCCAGCCCCUCGCGCACCGCAUCAUGGAGCUCCUCCUGCGCCUCAUCUCGACGGCCGGCAAGCAGUCGCCGAUCCUCGAGGACGCCUUCCUGGCGGUCGGGGCCGUCACGGCCGCGCUCGACUCGGACUUCCACCCGUUCCUGCCCGCGUUCCUGCCGUACCUGUCGCAAGCCCUCGCCGCGUACGACGAGUACCAGCUGUGCUCGAUCGCGGUCGGCCUCAUCGGCGACGUGUGCCGUGCGCUCGGCGACGCGAGCCUCCCGUACUGCCAAGGGUUCAUGGAGGGCCUCCUCGCGGCACUGCAGAGCAACGUGCUGCACCGCAGCGUCAAGCCGCCGAUCCUCAGCUGUUUUGGCGACAUCGCCCUGGCCGUCGGCCCCGCGUUCGAGCCGUUCCUCCACACGAGCAUGACCGUCCUCAAGCAGGCUGGCAUCAUGCGCGCCGACCCGAACAACUACGACCUCGUCGACUACGUCAACACGCUCCGCGAGGGCAUCCUCGAGGCGUACACUGGCAUCGUCGGCGGGCUCAAGACUGGCGGCAAGGCCGACCUCCUCCUCCCCUACAUCGCCGACGUCUUUACUUUCCUUCACCUCACCCUCACCGACCAGGACCGCUCCGAGGCCAUCCUGCGCUCCGCCAUCGGCCUUCUGGGCGACCUCGCCGAGGCGUUCCCCAACGGGCAGCUCAAGGAGCCGCUCAGCUCGCCGUGGGUCGGCGACUUGCUCAAGGCGGGUCGCACAAAGCUCGGCGGCUCCGAGACGAAGAAGGUGGCCAAGUGGGCGCGCGAGAUGGUCCGCCGUGCCACGCAGUGAGAGACUUUGUGCGCCACCUCGCCUUUCUAGUAGUCCCCUCUUUGCCCUUUUUUUUCCGGCCCCUCCUCGCCUGUCUGUCGGCCCUGCCCCUCUCUACUCUCUCCCUUUCGUUCUUUCCUCUCUCUGCACACCGCAUACCGCAUAGUCUUUCCUCGUC